GAGUCCGGCUACUCCAGCGGCAGCUCCUCCUCCGCCGACAGCCUACCCGACGUCUACUUCACCAAGCCUCACCUGAAAUUCCUCAACCGACAACUCUCCCAGCUCGACCCGCGCGACGUGCUGAAAUGGUGCAUCACCUCCCUCCCCACCCUCUACCAGACGUCCGCCUUCGGCCUCACCGGCCUCGCCAUCAUGGACAUGGCGUCGAAACUCAAAGACCGCUCCCCCCUGCACCCCAACAUCGAGCUCAUCUUCCUCGACACCCUCUACCACUUUCCGCAGACCCUCGACCUCGUCGAGCGGGUCAAGGAAACCUACCCGCGGCUAAGAAUCCACACCUUCCGCCCCGCCGGCUGCGACACAACCGCCGACUUCGAGCGGCUACACGGCGAGCAACUCUGGGAGCGCGACGAAGAGCAAUACGACUACGUCGCCAAAGUCGAACCGGCGCAACGCGCCUACCGCGACCUCAACGUCGCCGCCGUCCUGACGGGCCGCCGCAAAUCCCAAGGCGGCAAGCGCGGCGACCUCGACAUCCUCGAAAUCGAGCCCGAGACGGGCCUCAUCAAGGUCAACCCGCUGGCCAACUGGUCCUUCAAGCAAGUCCAGGCGUACGUCAAGGAGAACCACGUGCCGACCAACGACUUGUUGGACCUCGGGUACCGGAGUGUGGGCGAUUGGCAUUCCACAAAGCCGGUGACGGAUAGCGAGGAUGAGCGGGCGGGCCGCUGGGCUGGACGGAGCAAGACGGAGUGCGGCAUCCAUAACAAGCGGUCGCGGUAUGCCGUCUUCCUAGAGGAGCAGGAGCGAAAACGGCAGGAGGAG